AUUUAAUUCUUGAUAAGCGCUCCAGCUUUCGGACAGUGCACACAUUGUCAGAACAUUGAGUUUAAAUAAUUUAAUUAUAAAGUUUAAAAUAAAUAAAUAAAAAUGAUCUUUAGAACUCUGUUUAUAGUGGUGCAAUUAGUGUUCAUACAUUCGGCAUCGACGCCGUACCAGAAAUGCGACAUCACCGACGCUCCAUGCAUAUCGAAGUCGGUGCAGACGUAUCUGCCGUUCUUGGCGGAGGGCCUACCGGAGUACGGGACGGCCCCACUCGACCCCAUGCUAGUCGAUGAAAUCAAGAUCGAGCUGGCGGGACUCAUACUCAACAUGAGGGAUUUGGACAUUGUGGGGCUAAAGAAGAGCAAGAUUGAGAAGUUGGAUGUGGACAUGAAGAAGCAGCAGAUCCACCUGGUGUACGGGUCCGACAUCGUGAUGAAGGGGCGCUACAAGGCGGCCGGGCGGCUGCUCAUCCUGCCCAUCUCGGGAGACGGGAACUGCAAUAUUAAAUUGAAAAACCUGAAGACUGACCUGACGAUGCCGUUUACGAUCGUGAAGAACAAAGAUGGCGUCGAGGUCAUUGAACUCAGCAGCUACAAGUUCAAGUUCGAAGUGAGGGACUACGCGCACUUCGACCUCACCAACCUGUUCAAUGGAAACAAACUUCUGGGUGAAACGAUGCUGACGUUUAUAAACACCAACUGGAAGACGCUAAUGACUGAAUUCGGCAAGCCAGUCCUAGACUCGGCUAUCAAGAACGUCUACAGCGCCAUCAAGUCGUAUCUGAAAAACCAACCGCUACAGGAUAUUGUUAACUUAUAAACCAAAUCUAUUUAUUUUAUUAUUUAUAGGUAUUAUUAGUACAGUAAGAAGACAUCAUUUGAAUAGUAAUACUUACAAGAGUAGGUAGAUGAAAUGCAUUCGAUUCGCUCUACACCAAAGCUAAUAUUCACUGGUAUUAUUGGAGUCCGUAAACUAACUAACUUUGAAACAGUAACACUAACAAGUGUCAAUACCAAAAAAAGUUUAAUAUUCUUUGUAAUAGUUAUAAUAACACCGAAAUAAUAGGUACGUCUUUUAUACUAUACUUAUUUAAAAAUUAAAAAAAUCGCCAUCGUUUUACCGUUUUCAAAGUUAUGCUGUUAACAUAGUUGUACUCUUAAUUAUUUCAAUAUAAUUUAAUUAUAUCCGUAAAAUACAUGACAGUAUUGUACAUUAGUAUUGGAAUAAGGGAUGCAGUGAUUAUUGUAAAUAAAAAUAAGUAAGUACUUAGCUAGUUUUAGUUAUGUUUUAGUAGAUUCGCUAAGGAAUUAAAAAUAUAUGAUCAAAUACUUUCCCUGUGA